AUGGCUGCCAAAACCCCUUCGGACCAUCAGGACAACAAGCUCAACGCUAGUGGACCUGGCAAGAUUAAAAAUACUUCCACUACGCAUAGUUCCACCAUCGGUGUUUCCACAGACGAUCCUGGCGAAGGCUCAGACGAUGAUGCCGACGAACACGCCACCGAUGCCCUAGAACUCGUCGGUGAGGGCGAGGACGAGGGCGGGUCGAAAAAGAAGAAGAGCAAGAAGAAGAAGAAGUCGAAGAGAAAGAAGAAGAAGACUCUGCCUGUACAAACUGAACCCCCAUCGGUCAUGAUCUCACAACUGUUUCCAAACGGCAACUACCCGAAAGGCGAAGAGGUCGAAUACAGGGAUGAGAACCGGUAUCGAACUACGGAUGAGGAAAAGCGAUACUUGGAUAACACCAAGAGCGACUUCCUCUCCGACUACCGCCAGGCUGCGGAGGCACACCGCCAAGUGCGACACUGGGCCCAGAAGAACAUCAAGCCUGGCCAAACGCUCACCGAGAUUGCCAAUGGUAUCGAGGACAGUGUCCGUCGUCUGGUGGGCCAUGAUGGCCUGUGUGAAGGCGACUCUCUGGUUGCUGGAAUGGGCUUCCCACUGGGCCUCAAUAUUGACGAGAUUGCUGCUCAUUUCAGCCCUAAUGCCGGCAAUAAAACUGUGCUUCAGCAGAGCAAUGUGCUAAAGGUUGAUAUCGGCAUCCACAUUAACGGUCGGAUCGUUGAUAGCGCCUUUACUAUGUCGUUCGAUCCAGUCUACGACAACCUGCUUGCAGCAGUCAAGGACGCAACAAACACUGGCUUGAGAGAAGCCGGGAUUGACGUCCGUCUCGGCGAGCUAGGUGGCUAUAUACAGGAGGCCAUGGAGAGCUAUGAAUGCGAGAUCAAUGGCACCGCCUAUCCCAUCAGGCCCAUCCGAGGCUUGAAUGGCCACAACAUCUUGCCGUACCGUAUUCAUGGCACCAAGAGCAUUCCUUCGGUCAGGACGGAUGACACGACCAAGAUGGAGGAAGGCGACGUCUUUGCCAUUGAAACAUUUGGCACCACUGGCACCGGCCGCGUUGUCGACCACGGCGAGGUCUCGCACUACUCCCUCUGCAGCGAUGCUCCCAAGGUAGACUUGCGUCUGUCUUCGGCCAAGUCGCUGCUGUACACCAUCCAGAAGAACUUUGGAACAAUCCCCUUUUGUCGACGUUACCUCGAUAGAAUCGGACAGGAGAAGUAUCUGCUCGGGCUCAACACUCUUGUGAAAACAGGUAUUGUUGAGGAUUACCCGCCUUUGGUCGACAAGAAGGGCUCAUACACAGCCCAGUUCGAGCAUACUAUCUUGCUCAGGCCCAACGUGAAAGAAAUAAUCAGCCGUGGAGACGACUACUAG